CAAAGGGUAGGCUGCUCGUUCGAGUUCACCGGGAACCCAUGAGGGUAUCCAUUUGACCCCGGUUAGGAGGCGAGUCGCCGCUACUCUUUUCUUCGGGCACGAAAUCUAGACCACUGCAUAAUUACCUUAUCCUAGCCCAAGGCCAGGAUUUUAUAAAGCGAGAUCGAAGGCAUUAAUGGAUGCCAUUGCAUACAUGCGUUGCAAGUUCCCUUACUUACUCUACUGUUGAUCAUUCAACAGUCACUAGACACAAUGGCUACCGAGGACACCAUCUACGACCGAAGCCGGCCCCUUCCUGCACUCGCGCCGGCAUUUCAAUACAAGUUGCUCAACUGCCCUGGCAAAUCUAUUAUCGGCCUGACCGUCAGCUUCCCGCCCAACGGCGCAUCCCCCCCGCACCGCCACGGCGGCGCGUCCGUGACAGGCUACGUCCUGGAGGGUACAGUGCUCAACAAGAUGAACGACGAGCCAACCAGGGUGAUCGAGGCCGGGGGGACCUGGUACGAGGCGCCCGGGUGCCACCACAAGGUCAGCGCCAACGUCAGCACCACCGAGCCUGCGACACUACUAGCCACGUUCGUCGUCGACACGAAGGUCAUAGAGGAGGGUGGCUUAGCCGCAUUGGUGCAGGUAGACGAAGAGUAUCGGGAUGUACAACUCAGAGCUUGAGUUGAUCGCCGAAGUUCAUGGAGACCCUUCGAAGGCAAAGCGCGAAUAGCGGCCUGUCCGACUACAGACUAGAAUAUGA